UCAUUUGAUGUUGUCUAAUGUCUAUGUUUACGAAAAAAACGAAUUUGAAGAAAACUUUGUGUUCAUAUUACUAUAAUAUGAAAUGUAUUUACCUCUUUACAAUGAGUCAGAAAAGAAAAUCUACCACUACAUCAAAAUCCCGUCGAAAUUGUGCUAUUAUGUGGUGUCAGUGCCAUUAUUUGCCUUUAUAGCUUGUGUUGUAAUAACAAUGUACAAGGACUUCGAAAACGCAAACAAUACUCAUUGCAAGGUUCCCAACGUCUUCCCAUCAAUAUCAGCGUCUAUUGGAAAUUAUGAACCACAAAGUACAAUAUGGAAAACAGCUAUUUACAUACAUGCACCUAUGCGAUUCUACAUGCUGUAUUUACGAUGGAAAUAUUACAGAAGUGUUGUGCUAGAGAGCUGUGUUGUUAUAGCCAAAUUAGCAGUAUUUUUAAAUAUCAUAGAAAAUUUUGCCUUAUUAGGACUAACGCAUUGGACGUCGUCCAAAAAUUAUCCUUAUCAUGAAGUUUGUUUUAAAACAUUCAUUGGGGCCUCGGUAUUUUAUAUGCUGUUCACAUGCAUAAUGCUUUCAAAGUUACGAAGAAGGCCAAAUAUUACAUACAGAGAAAAGCAUUCUGUGAAAUUAAAAUGGAGAGCUUUUAUUGUGAACAUUACUUCAUUUGCAUCUGCUGCUUACUUCUUUCUGAGACAUAAUAGGCUAUGUGAACCUUAUGUAUAUUCUAUGUUUGGUCUAGCAGAGUACAUAGUGGUGUUCAGCAAUAUACUGUUCCAUUCAACAACUGUGUACGAUCUACAAAUUAAUUUUAUUUGUUUGACUAAUCGAGGGAUUGUUGUUGAAUAAAAAAUCAUGCCUUCCAAACAAAGCCAAAUGUAUAUUCAAAUUUGUUCAAAAGACAGUGGACAGAAAUGUAUCUUAAUUCAAAAAUAACUAUUAUGUAAUAUAUUUGAUAGUUAAUAGAUAGCUAAACUGCUAGUUAGUGACUGUAAUUUAGCACCCAAAGUUACACAUUUAUUUAUUUUACAUUAUUAAUAAUUUAAUUAUUUAUAGUUUGACUUAUAUAAAUAUU